AUGACGGUGCGUCUACCCGACAACCAUUGGGGAACACGAUCGAUUAGCUGCUAUGAAAAAGUGGAGCAGAUAGGGGAGGGAACAUACGGCCAGGUGUAUAAGGCUAAGAACAAGGUAACGAAAGACAUCGUGGCUCUCAAGAAAAUUCGCGUACACAGCGAAAAUUUUGGGCUUCCAGUGACAGCGAUUCGAGAGAUGAAGAUAUUGAACGAACUCUCUCAUCCCAGCAUGGUGCGCCUGCUAGAAAUCGUCACGUCUGUGGGCGAGGAAGACGACGAUGACGAUGGCAAGGACUCGCCACGAACGGAUAGGGGGCGCAGGGGUAGCUUGUAUAUCGUACUGGAGUACCUUGAGCAUGACCUCGCCGGGCUGCUGGACCUUAACAUCACGUUCUCGGCUGUCCAGAUGAAGGCGCUUUUGCGGCAGCUGCUGGAAAUUCUAGCGUUCAUACAUGACAACAAGUAUGUCCAUCGCGAUAUCAAGUGCUCGAACCUCCUCAUCGACAACAAUCUCCAGCUCAAGCUUGCUGACUUCGGUCUUGCACGACGACUGAGUGAAGUGCCAGCGGAUCUCACCAACCGGGUGAUCACUUUGUGGUACCGUCCGCCAGAGCUGCUCCUCGGAGCGACACGGUAUGGCCCAAGCGUUGAUUGCUGGGGAGUGGGCUGCAUUUUUGCGGAGCUCAUUAUCGGCAAGCCGCUGUUUCCUACCAAGGUGGAACUUGAGCAGUUGGAGGCCAUUUUCAAGGUGUGUGGUACACCGGACUCUAGGAGAUGGCCAGCCCACGAGGAGCUCCCGAGUUUCAGCACCAUGAUGCCCAAGAAUAAAUAUCCGGAUCAACUAAAGCAGCACCUGACGGAAACUGCACGGACGGCUGGCACUGAAAAACUCCUCACCUCGGAGGCGAUCGACCUCAUUUCGCGACUUCUGACGCUCGACCCAAGCCGGAGAACUUCUGCAAAGCAGGCCCUGGAGACGCGCUACUUUGGCACACACCCGAUUUGCCCAGAUAACAUUCUUGAGGUGCCCCCGCUCGAGCUGCCGGACCAUGGUGGGUCGUACCACGAGUACCAGACAAAGCGUAAGCGAAAGGAGGAAGGGAUAAUGCAGCAGGAUGCGAAGCGUGCCCAGAGAAAGAAGGACAAGCGCGACCCUCGUCGAGCCGGGGAAAGACCAACUCCCCCAAGCCCCAAGGCUGCAUCAAGCGACCAAGUUCAGCGAAGUGCCAAGCCGAGCACAGGGUCGCGAGGAAACUGGGCGCCUCCUCUUCCACCGGCGAACCCCCUCUUCGUCAAUCCGCCUCCGCCCACAGCAGCCAAAGCAGCACAAGGCCCGCCGCUACCCCCCGUUGCAGGUGGAGCUUACAACGCGGCACAAACUACGCUAGCUAGACAGUCUCAUUACCAACCACCGCUACCACCAACAACGAUGCCGAGAACGGGGGGGCUGCCGCGCAAGUUCGGGCGAUAGCAAUGUUCUUAGGUAUUACAGGGUGCUGAAGACUGUUGGCCCAACAUGGCGCACUAGGUCGCGUGCCCCAAGUGGAUGCGCCAUUCGAGCUGUGCCAGCGUCCAGCAAGUUGAACAAUGGAGGCCUGUGAGGACUUCCUGGGUAUGUACAGCAAUGUUGCCUUGUACAUAAACACUACAUCGAGAUUACGCGCCAAUUACUGGCAAUGACACGUCGACUACAGAGCAAGGAAACAAGCGACUUGUUGGCAGGAGCUACACACGAUUGAAUUGAGAGUGUACACUAAAAGAAUGGAAGCUCCGGCUUGGCCAUGACUUAGGCAGCACGAGGGCGCGAGGACAGGCUUUCUAUUACGAGUCGAAGCCCUCGAAGUUUUCCAUGGGCGAUCCGAUUGAGUCGUUCUCGGUGUCUUCCCUCCCUCCAGUACUUGUUCGUUGCUUAGGUGCUUGCCCCAACGCGAUUCCGCCGUUGUUCUCCAUGAUUGUGUUGCCUGUGCGAAGGGCGCACGGACAGGGUGAGGCAGCGAGACGGAUGGGUGAGGAAAAGUGCCCAAACAAUCAAAUUCCAGAACUCUUUUC